CGUAACCCCCAUCGCGACCAAAAUACAGGCGGCCGUGGAGGGGAGGACCGCAACAACCGCAGAUUUCGCUCGCCCAGCGGGUUGGCUGUGUUCGAGCUGUGCCACCCUGCUACACGAGCCCCUUUUAAAUCGACUCCCGGAUGCUGCGGGAGCUUAGACCCGGUCAUGUCCACAGCUCCAGCCACGGCGAAAGUCUUCGCUGUCAUCGUCUUGGGCAUGUGGCUGGUGUGCGCGAUGCCAGAGAGCCGCGUGGAGGAGCCCAUGGACUGCUGUGAAGCGUGGGAUCAUGGGAGCCGAGGGUGCCUCCUCUGUGCUGCAGGCUGCUACAGCCAGGGCACCCACGCUGGCGACGCGGUGAGCUGUGCGCCCUGUGAACCGGGCUCCUUCACAAGCUUCCCCAACCUGCUCCUGCACUGCCUGCCCUGCGCACACUGCCAUGCUGAGCGCGGCCUGGUGCUCGCACAGAACUGCACGCGCCGCGUGGACACGGUAUGCACGUGCGAACCCCGCUCCUAUUGCGCCGUCUUCACCGGUCACCACUGUGAGCUGUGCCUCAAGAACUGGACCUGCACGCGCGGCCAGGAGAUCAAGCAAGGCAGCCCCCAGACGGAGGCAGUGACCCGGAUUCUAAUCGGGAUCUCCGUGUUCGCUCUCUGUGUCCUCUGCAUCACCGGAUUCUUUACGUGCAAGUCGUGCUUACGGGGACUACGCCGUGGAGGCCAUUAACAAGUGGACGUCCGUUGGACAAAUCCGCUUGUGUUCGCCAUAACUGUGUUUCAAGACUCCGAAUGAAUUGGCGAGAGACUGGCAAGGAAACGUCAAUGCUAAGAACCUCUUAAUCUGUCACAAUUUUGGCGAGACUUGGUUGAACGCUCCAUACGAUUCGGUGGAAUUUCCCAAACUCAGCGGAGUAAUGCCAAGGCAGGUCAUAGUAAUUAACAAGUUGUAAAACCUAAAACAACAUCGCAGGGAAUCCAUUUCAGGACUGUAUCAUGUUGACCAUUGUGAUUAGUUGACUCAGAUUUGAAGUUUUUAGUGUUUUUGUUGAAGUCACAGUUAACGCCUCUGCAAUACUGUGUGGUGUGACUUACCAAUGCUUAACUGCCCACCUCACUUUUAAUCUUAGCUUCAAGGUCCCGAUGAGCAGAUGACCAAGAUAAAAUAAUUGUCGCCUUCAUUUCUCGGCAGUCUUUAUCUUCAUGAGCAUCAUUAAUCAGUCUGUGAGAUUGGCAUGGGUCUGCGGUGCCGGGAAUAGAAAACAGCUGCUCUGUGCUUGUGACGGUUGGGAGGAGAACGUUUUAUUGGACCCCAGACAGCGAGAACGUUCACUUUGGGAAAUGCGUGCACUGUGGCAUCGUUAGCACCGGAACUUUACCAGUGCAGCCUGAGUUUGCUCCAGGUUGACGGGUGAAAUCUCUCAAGAUGAAGUUAAACGGACAGUUGGAGACCCAUCAUCUCGGGCGCAAGAUCACCAGUACCAAGUGGACGUGAACAGCUAAUGCUUUGAAAUAUUUUGCAACGUAAGAUUAUAUUUAUAUAUAAAUCAUGUGGUGUAUUGCGCUGCACCACGUCUGUCACUACACCAGCUUAGAGCGCGGCUUAUUGGACGCGAGAGGAGGGAGGCGGAACUGACACAAGGACAACAACUGCAUAUCGCCGCUGGGGAUUCUGAGCAAGUUGUGAAGAGUCCACAUGCCUUGCUGAGAGAGCAGAGAGAAAUAAAUUAUAAGCGACGAGAGGCAGGCGAAUCACCGGGAGGAAUCCUGGUGAGUUGAUUGUAGCCAAUCGGGUAGCCCCUGCUGGUCCGAUGCUGCGUUGGACUCUCCCUGUGAGUGCAGCCAUAAUAGGGAAUGCCAAGUGGGUUCGGAACUUGGACUCUAUCCGUUUUCUCUCCUGCUCAUUUCAACAUUUUUUUUACCAUCCCUGAGACUGGCUGUGCAAUGGGAUAUAAGGAGGCAUCUAUUGUCGAUGACAAUAAAUUAUUUUACUCUUUUAAUUGUGAGAAUCGCAUUUUUUACUCAUUGAGCAAAUUAUAUUCCCAGUAUAAUAUACGAACACUGCAUUUAGUUUCACAGUCAGUGUAAUCUUAUCGGUUAUUGAAUAACAUCGAGACACAGAAUGGUGACAACAGAAUCUCGGUCGUGUUCGGGGGUGCGGAUUAUUAAAUUGCCCAGACCUUGGAAGUCCACACAAAUACAAGCCUAAGUUACUCCCUUGCGUGACGCUUGUAGUGCUGGUGGACUGGUGCUUUGCAGUACACUGGAGCCAUAUUUGGGGAGGUUCUCUGGUGUCGUGUGUGGAACCAAUUAGUAAUGGAUGAAAUGGUGCAUCAUUAUAGCCCUAGACGUGCCCUACCCAGGUGCACGUUGGAGUGCAAAAUUCAACAAUGUAAGUUAUAAAGAGUGACGAGGGUGUGAGAGCGAGUGGCCGCGAAUGGCCUGCGUGUCCUGAAAACUGCUGCACUACUGCCACUUCGAAUCGAGAUGUUUUUAGAGUAUUUGGCUGCUACGAUAAAUUUACGCGGGAUAAGCCACUGCGUUGAGCUAUAAUUUGUGGCCAAGUCAUUUCUGAAAAAUAGCUAUAUAGCCCAGUGGGCGUGACCUGGUAAAAUAACAAAAUAAAUUAGUUUUUUUUGUUGCACUAACGAUUGAACAGUGCCUACGAAAAACGGGAAUACCCAGAUAACACAGCGCUGGAGCGAAACGUCUCAUUUCGGUGAUAAAUUAAGUUAUUGGUGAGGAUGGGGUUUAUUGGUCAUAACUUGAUAAACAAAAUGCAUCAUUGCGUAUAAAUAGUAAUAGCUGGGUAAACGUGACAGUCUUGUCUUGAGGUGGAGGGUUAAUGACAAGACAAUUUUGCUUGGAACUGCGGUCUGCGUCAACCCGAAAAGCUACGUUUGGAGUGAAGGUUUAAUGAAAUUGUAGGGUUGCCGUGAUGUGGCGAUGGUACGUACGAUAUAAAACUAUGAUGGUUGUGUCAUCCAUUUUGAAAAAUAUCGUAUCGCGACGAUCGUUCAUUAAAUAGUUAUAAUAUUUAAUUUCCCAACAAAAUGUAAAAUAGAAAUAAUGAAUACAAUUAUAAAUAGCGGUUUCCCAAUAAAUCAGAAUUAUAAUGGUGGUUGUAUGACAAUUUAUUUUUGACGGUAUGUGCAUAAUAAGCAAUAUAGAUUUUCCAGUCUCAAUUAUCAGAAGACUUACGGCAGGCUUAUGUUAAGUGUGCUGCAGUUGAAUAACUUAAGAAAUUUGUGUUCAUAUUUAAUGUAUAUCAAAGCAAAAACAUGACGCGGUACUAAUCUUAAAUACAAUCGCAAAGUUAUGGUGAACUGACAUCGCAAAAAUCGCCGCAUUGCAAAGGUGUUUUUAUUAUGGCAUUGUAGCCAAUUAUAUCACGGCGACCCUAUCAAUUUACUUUUUUAAAGUUAUAAUGAAAAAGUGCAGGUUUACCGUCAUCCCCCGUCACACGCGUGGGUUUUCUCUGGGCUCCAACCAGAAAUACAGUUGUCAGAAUUGGCCAAUAAUCCCGAAAUAGGACUCAUGAUCAUGAGUAUUGAGAUCCACCAACGUGUUUGAGGGUAAACAUUAAUGACGAUGCCUGCUGUAUAUAUUUGGAGUUUGCAUGUUCUCCCCUUGAUAGUGUGGGGUUUUCUCCAGGUCCUCCGGAUUUUCCCUCCACAUUUAGAAUCAACAUGCAUUCAGCAUAUUUGGCUGCUAUAAAUUUCCACAAAAAUCCACUUCUGUGUACUAUCAUUUUUGAUCAAGUCGCUUCUAAAAAAGCUAUAUAGCUCAGUGGGCUUUACUUGGUAAAUAAAAAAAUAUAUAUUACCAUCAUAUAAUGUUUUCUGAUUACUGCACUGAUUAGCGCACAAUAUCAAGUUGACAAUGGAUCCCUGCAAUUAUUCACUCGUGCCACAGCUGGUGGAAUGGCUUCUACUAGAGUAAACUCAGGGGUAUAUGGCCUACUUAUCUACGCUGUUCAGGCAUCCUGGACUAGAGUACCCACACUUUUCCCCAUCACUGGUGGUACAGGGAGGCCACAUUUUUAAAGAUACGUUUUAUUCAAGAUAUAAUUAAUGAACAAGGUUUUAGUUCAUAUUUCAGAAUUUACUGAGAGGUAAGCAAUGUUUGAGGACAUGUUUUAUUUUCAUGAAAAUGUCGCUCAAUGUGCAAUAAUGCACUUUGAAAACUUUCAUUGAAAUUUGGUACAUGAAAUCGCGUUGGAAGUUGAGCAAUAAAUAUUAACUUUGACUAGAAUAUACAGCUUGUACAAAGAGUGACCGAUUCUGCAGAAUAUGAAUUUUGCCAGCAGCUGGAAAGACAGUUUUUUGUUGUUGCUCUGCUGUUUACUUUGCUCAAAAGCAAAGUUAUUGACUUAUGAAAGAGGUUGACUUGUGAAAGAAGUAUGUACAUUAUGUAUGUAUGUUAAACCUCUUUCGCACCGUACGUAACCAACAGUGUUAAUCGGAUGUGAAUGAACGCAAUCUGGGUGGGAUUUGAUCAAACAUCCAAUUGAAACUUCCUUGGCCGAUUUCCAAAUCACCAGGAAUGCGCUCCAUCACAUCGAAUCGUAGAAGCUCAGUGAAGUUGAGCCUGGAUCGUGCUUGGAUGGGUGCCUAACAUGCUGUAGGUUGCUGCUGCUGCUGCUGCAAGGGAUACCAUCAGCAGAGAGCAGUUAAGCAAAACUCAUUAUUGUACUGCAUUUUGCUCCAAUGUUCUAUGCUCCCUGCCUUCAACUUACACUCAUCAGCAGUGGUUUGAAAAAAGGCUAAAUAAUGAUAGAAUGCUGCUGUGUGGCUCUGUGGUGAUCAGCAGAGGGCAGUGCAGCAAAUGCAUUGUUCCAUACUUUAUUGCUUGCUGCCUUGACCAACCUGCACAUACAAACAUGCUGAAGUAUGGUCCAAUAACGCUUAUGAGCGACAUGGCAUGAGGAGGCCUUCAACAGUGGAGUGACAGAUCGCUAUACAUUCAUCAUAGUGUCGUAAUUUGAUUCUUCGAUGCAGACCUAGUCUGGGUUAAAUACGAUGGAAGUGACAUUGCGUGCCAUUCCCCUAUGUCAUUCUAAUUGAGAGAGAGCAUCAUUUGCCCACACGUGUCUCUCCAGCCAGUAAAAUGAGGUGAGGCAGCAUUACAAAAUGAAUACCAAUUUAUCCUGCUGGGUAAGCAGAUGCAGAGGAAGAGUUAAAAAAAAAACUUGCCACUUGUUCCACCAUGCCGCGCCAGGAAAUGGAAUCAAACCGGUGACCUGAGGGUUGCGAGUGCAGCGUGCUGACUUAAACCUCUGUGGCAGCUGUAUUCUUGGAUAGAGAGAUGAGCGUCGCAUGUUUAUUGCUCGAGGCAUACGCGUGCGGACGACCUGUUUUUACCGUGUUUAUAAUCAUUUGCCGGUAAUGCUUCCAGUGGCUUCCUUAUUAUUCGGAAGCCACUUGAGCUAUGCACUUUUAAAUCUAAAUUGCAAAGCGUGUUUCUUUAUAACUGCUUUUUGUGUUUAGUUUGUUUUCUUCCCCCGCACCUCUUGAUUAACACGGUUGGCUACGUACCGGUGCAAAAUAAGUUGAGUGCAUAAAAUGCAGAAAAUGUUUCGAACCACCGUACUCAAGAUGAAUAAGUGGUACAAGGCAGAAAAAAUAUAUAUACGGGACACACGAGACUUUAGACAACAACACGGCCGCACAAAUAAGACGAGUAGAGAGUAAUGUUGUUUAACGUGUGAGCAAAUAAGGGCGUGUCUGUGUGCCCUCACUAAUUACACAAGCUUUUGUCUUGUCUGUGUACACAGCAUGUUUGACAAUUUGACGGACGGAUUAGCAUUGUGCGAAGGGAUCACCACAACUGAACUCAAUAGGUGUAUUGCAGGGCCCGGUUACUGAGCCAGAGUCAUUGUGAGGUGCUGCUGAGCUGGGCCCUGCACCAUCAAAUGUCCCCCGGCCCACGCAAGCUCGCUCUCUAUCGGCGGGUUGUCCCUCUUACGGUGCACCCCCCCCCCCCCAUUACCAAGGCAACGAGCAGAGAGAAGACGUAAAUCUAGUGGCUAUAAUUCCAGACUUUGGAGGUCAGGUGCCAAGUUGACAACAGCUGUGGGGUCGAAGAGCCGGGUGGUGGUGGCUGUGCUGCAAUUGGCCUGUAACUGAACACUGGAGGCAGCAGCAAGGGUUGGUGGAUGACCACACAAAAUAAAAAAACUGUUGCGUGUGGAACGGUGAAUGGAGGUUGUGGGUUCGAUCCCGACAUCACGUUUCUUUUCGGUUAAGAAAGUACUACUACCAAUACUAAAUAUCUAAAUAGCUGCGGAAGCGUUACACUAGCAUAUAGAGUAGCAAAUCCACGUAUAACAAGAAUAGCCUUUCACAACAGAUUUGUUUUCAAAAGAAACAAUAGGCCUAUCCUUUUGAAAUAUAUUUUUUUAGAUGUUCACAGCAUGGCUCCGACAAAUGCUUUCAAAAGAAACGCUGGUCUCGAACAUUGAACUUUGACAUGCCUAUGCUUGUUUUGAUUCAUAAACAGAACUACAGUGAGGGAAAAAAGUAUUUGAUCCCCUGCUGAUUUUGUACGUUUGCCCACUGACAAAGAAAUGAUCAGUCUAUAAUUUUAAUGGUAGGUUUAUUUGAACAGUGAGAGACAGAAUAACAACAAAAUCCAGAAAAACGCAUGCCAAAAAUGUUAUAAAUUGAUUUGCAUUUUAAUGAGGGAAUUAAGUAUUUGACCCCUCUGCAAAACAUGACUUAGUACUUGGUGGAAAAAUCCUUUUUGGCAAUUACAGGCCACUCCAGGACCUUAAUGUGCUUCUUCUUGAGCCACUCCUUUGUUGCCUUGGCCGUGUGUUUUGGGUCAUUGUCAUGCUGGAAUACCCAUCCACGACCCAUUUUCAAUGCCCUGGCUGAGGGAAGGAGGUUCUCACCCAAGAUUUGAUGGUACAUGGCCCCGUCCAUCGUCCCUUUGAUGUGGUGAAGUUGUCCUGUCCCCUUAGCAGAAAAACACACCCAAAGCAUAAUGUUUCCACCUCCAUGUUUGACGGUGGGGAUGGUGUUCUUGGGGUCAUAGGCAGCAUUCCUCCUUCUCCAAACACGGCGAGUUGAGUUGAUGCCAAAGAGCUCCAUUUUGGUCUCAUCUGACCAUAACACUUUCACCCAGUUGUCCUCUGAAUCAUUCAGAUGUUCAUUGGCAAACUUCAGACGGGCAUGUAUAUGUGCUUUCUUGAGCAGGGGGACCUUCGCGGCGUAGUGUUACCAACUGUUUUCUUGGUGACUAUGGUCCCAGCUGCCUUGACAUCAUUGACAAGAUCCUCCCCUGUAGUUCUGGGCUGAUUCCUCACCAUUCUCAUGAUCAUUGCAACUCCACGAGGUGAGAUCUUGCAUGGAGCCCCAGGCCGUGGGAGAUUGACAGUUCUUUUGUGUUUCUUCCAUUUGCGAAUAAUCGCACCAACUGUUGUCACCUUCUCACUAAGCUGCUUGGCGAUGGUCUUGUAGCCCAUUCCAGCCGUGUGUAGGUCUACAAUCUUGUCCUGUACAUCCUUGGAGAGCUCUUUGGUCUUGGCCAUGGUGGAGAGUUUGGAAUCUGAUUGACUGAUUGCUUCUGUGAACAGGUGUCUUUUAUACAGGUAACAAGCUGAGAUUAGGAUCACUCCCUUUAAGAGUGUGCUCCUAAUCUCAGCUCAUUACC